GACAUGAGCCUCAAUUGUUCCUUGUGGCAGGAGAACAGCCUGUCUGUCAAACACUUUGUAUUUGCCAAAUUCUCUGAGGUGACUGAACAGUGUUUCCUUUUAUUUACACUUAUCCUACUCAUGUUCUUAGCUUCACUGACAGGCAAUGGUCUCAUAGCUCUUGCCAUCUGGACCAACCCAGUCCUCCACACUCCCAUGUAUUUCUUCCUGGCUAAUUUGUCUCUCUUGGAGAUUGGCUACACUUGUUCCGUCAUACCCAAGAUGCUGCAGAGCCUUGUGAGUGAGGCCAGAGGAAUCUCUCGGGAAGGUUGUGCUACACAGAUGUUUUUCUUCACACUGUUUGCUAUUAGUGAGUGUUGCCUGUUGGCAGCUAUGGCUUUUGACCGCUACAUGGCCAUAUGCUCUCCACUUCACUAUGCAACACGAAUGAGUCGUGCAGUGUGCUCAUACCUGGCAAUGGUUUCUUGGGGAGUGGGGUGUUUGGUAGGCUUGGGCCAGACUAACUAUAUUUUCUCCUUGGAUUUCUGUGGCCCCUGUGAAAUAAACCACUUCUUCUGUGACCUACCCCCUAUCCUGGCACUUGCCUGUGGGGACACAUCCCAUAAUGAAGCUGCAGUUUUUGUUGUGGCCAUCCUCUGCAUUUCCAGCCCAUUUUUACUUAUCAUUGCUUCCUACUGCAGAAUUCUGGCAGCUGUGUUGAUCAUGCCCUCCCCUGAAGGCCGCAGGAAAGCUCUCUCCACCUGUUCUUCUCAUCUACUUGUGGUAACACUGUUCUAUGGCUCAGGGUCUGUGACCUACUUGAGGCCCAAGGCAAGUCAUUCUCCAGGAACAGACAAACUCCUAGCCCUCUUCUAUACUGUGGUAACCUCCAUGCUCAACCCCAUCAUCUACAGUUUGAGGAACAAAGAAGUCAAGGCAGCUCUCCGGAAGACUCUGGGCAAGAAGAAGUUUUGA